AUGGACGUAGCCGCGGGACCGGAGGCGCUGGAAAACUGCUUGACUCGCGGCUCGGUCAAUUGCGCCAAGAUGCUGGACGGGAUUAAAAUGGAGGAUCGACCGCUGCGCUCUGGGCCCGCGACUUUGGGAGUCCUGCUGGGGUCCGAUUGCCAACACCAGUCGGUUUGUGAGGGGUGCCAGCGUCCCAUCUCCGACCGUUUCCUGAUGCGCGUCAAUGAAUCCUCGUGGCACGAAGAGUGCUUGCAAUGCGCCGUCUGCCAACAGGCGCUAACCACUAGCUGCUACUUCCGAGACCGGAAGCUUUACUGCAAGCAAGACUACCAACAGUUGUUUGCUGCCAAAUGCAGUGGGUGCAUGGAAAAAAUCGCCCCCACGGAGUUCGUCAUGCGGGCGCUGGAGUGCGUUUACCACUUGAGUUGCUUUUGUUGCUGCGUCUGCGAGCGGAAGCUGAGAAAAGGGGACGAGUUCGUCCUGAAGGAAGGCCAGCUCCUUUGCAAAAGUGACUAUGAGAAGGAGAAAGACCUGCUCAGCUCCAUCAGUCCCGACGACUCCGAUUCAGUGAAAAGCGACGAUGAGGACGGGGACAUCAAACCGGCUAAAGGACAAAUGACCCCUGGGAAGGGAGGCGAUGACGGAAAAGAUCCAAGAAGACCUAAAAGGCCACGGACGAUCCUCACCACACAGCAGAGAAGAGCGUUCAAAGCCUCCUUUGAAGUGUCUUCCAAGCCUUGUAGGAAGGUGAGGGAGACUCUGGCGGCUGAAACCGGUCUCAGCGUUCGAGUUGUCCAAGUCUGGUUUCAGAAUCAAAGAGCAAAGAUGAAAAAACUGGCACGGCGACAUCAGCAGCAGCAGGAGCAGCAAAACUCACAGCGACUUGGCCAAGGUAACUGUGGGUUGCCUGGCCUUUAUUUAGGGACAAAAGUAAUGUCCAACCGGAUGGAAGGGAUAAUGACGUCUUACACGCCCCUUGCACCACCGCAACAACAGAUUGUAGCAAUGGACCAGAGUACCUACGCCACUGAUCCUUUCCAGCAAGGUCUCACCCCGCCACAAAUGCCAGGAAAUGACUCCAUUUUUCAUGACAUCGACAGCGACACGUCUUUAACGAGCUUGAGUGACUGUUUCUUGGCUUCCUCGGAAGUAAACUCCAUGCAAGCCAGGAUAGGAAACCCCAUUGAUAGGCUGUAUUCUAUGCAGAGUUCCUACUUUGCCUCAUGA